AAUGGCCUUUAGCAAUCUGACAUCAAAGGCUGUACUACUGUAUGAUGAAUGGAUUAAAGAUGCCGAUCCAAGACUGGAAGGCUGGCCACUCAUGUCUUCACCUUUUCCAACAACUUUUAUCAUUGGAACCUACAUUUAUUUUGUCACUUCCUUGGGACCCAAACUCAUGGAAAAUAAAACACCUUUUGAACUCAGGCAGAUAAUGGUGUUUUAUAAUUUUAGCGUAGUAGCCCUCUCUUUAUAUAUGACUUAUGAAUUUCUUAUGUCGGGUUGGGCUACAGGCUACUCAUUCCGGUGCGAUAUCGUUGACUACUCGAGGUCACCUACAGCUCUAAGAAUGGUACGAACUUGUUGGCUUUACUACUUUUCCAAGUUCAUUGAAUUAUUAGACACUAUAUUUUUUGUGCUGCGUAAGAAAAACAACCAAGUUACAUUCCUGCAUGUCUUUCAUCAUUCCAUCAUGCCAUGGACCUGGUGGUUUGGAGUCAAAUUUGCUGCAGGUGGUUUAGGAACUCAUGCUUUGCUGAACUGUAUUGUCCAUGUUGUCAUGUACACUUAUUAUGGAAUCUGUUCUUUGGGACCAGCCUAUCAUAAAUAUUUGUGGUGGAAAAAAUACAUGACAACUAUACAGCUUGUCCAGUUUAUUAUGGUUACAGGCCACAUAGGACAAAUCUACAUCAUGGAUGAUUGUCCGUACCAGUAUCCAAUUUUCAUGUUUAUUAUUUGGCUAUAUGGCUCUAUGUUUUUAGUCUUGUUUCUCCACUUCUGGUACCACGCUUACACAAAAGGACAAAGACUACCAAAGAUGGCAAGAAAUGGCAUCAGCAAAGAUCAGUGAAACAAACUCUUGUCUCUAAAACAAAAAAAGUGUAUAUGUCAAAGUGGAAACUUGCACUACUUGACAAUCAAGAUAUUUAGGUGCACACACUACAUGGUGUAUAUUUUGUAUGUUUUCUUCCAAACAGAAUUUGUAUUUUUACCAUAAG